GUUUGUAUAAUCCUGAUGUUGCCAUUAUAUUGUCUUCGUGAUUUUCUUUUUUCUAGGAUAGAAAGUGCCAAAGGGAGCGGCGCAGGCAACCUGGUCGAUAAUCGGGCCGCGGCGGUUCAGCACAGUCCCGUCCACUCCCAGCAUCCCAGGGGCUCGAACGAACCAGGGACUUCUGCUUCGCCGUCCGGUGACCAUGAGGCCAAGGAAAGCAAGAUUCUCCCGCCACCUACUCCACCUGGGAGGGCUAACCACGGCAUCACUGUUAAAAAUCCAAAAUCCCACAAAUCCAUGAACAGGGACAUCAAAGAGAAGUCCGGUGCCGUCAAACAGGAAGCAGACGACGUGAAUUCUCGGGACGUGAAGGCAGGCGGCAAGGGAUCCCUCGAUCCUCCACUCCGAAUCGCUUCGUACGAGAGCAUGAGGAACGGUUGGAACGCCGCCGAUGAUUCGGCGGGAAUAGCAUUAAGUAUGCAAGGUUUGGGCCGCACGCAAAUCAUCUUGAAUAUGAAUCUGGAAACUGGGGAUCUGUGCGACAAAAACCUGAGGGAAAGCUUGCUUCGGCUCUUACAGGCGGAACACGAUUUCGUGGUUCAGCAACAAAAGAGCGAAGCAUUGCGAAUUGAGCUUUUAAGCAAGGAACUUUAUUCCAACAUGACCGACAACAAAAUCUAGCGUGCGUGCAGCCUUCGGUGAUUUUAGUGGUACCUAUACCCGUUUUCACCUCAAGAACCACAGUAAAAAAAGUCCGGCGCCACGCGGACCACUACUAAUUUCCCCCUUCAUGGGGAUAAUUAAAGGGAAGAUGGGGCACUUCUACAUUUGAGAAAAAACGCUUGAAUUGCGUUCAUUUGGCCUUUAGAAUAACAGAUAUCAAAAUUAUAUUUCAAUGCGACGCGCCGGAGAGUUACAAGAGCAAUUUCAAAAUAUGACUGAAGCCCCGCCCCCCUAGCCUUGGGCAGCCAAAAGAGCCGUCGAUGACGUCAUGGACAGCGACUGUCUUUCGCGUUUUUCUCGCGUUUAACAAUACUUACGCAGCAAAUGAUUUGGGUAUUCGGGUUCACGGGGUAAAAAUACACUAGAAUUCACUUCUAACUCAUUUUUUCCGAGAAGCUCCGUAGCUUCCCUCUAAGAGAUAUGUAGGUGAAUGUUAGAUUAUAUAUAUGUUAUCUUAUCCAGACGUUCACGUUUCAAACGCCAAAAGCAUUGCUUUUCCCUGCAAUAACCAAAUCUCGUAAGAACUAUUUCGCACUGCGUAUGAACAAUGCGCAAAACUUGCUUUUUUCUUGAGGUGAAAACGGGUAUAGCAGGUUUGGAGUGUCCCCUUUACAGGUGCUUUUUUGUAGAGCCCUUGAAAAUGGAAAAGUAACACUUUCUGCUCUCUCCUAGCAUCUGCCAGUGGUUGCGCGGUACCACUUUUGAGCCAAGGCGCCGGUCGAGGGCCAGAAUCAAGGGGGGGGGGGGGGGAGGGAGGGAGGGAGGAAGAGGGAGAGGAGGCAUCGCCCUCUGAGCUUUAUGAAAAAAAAAAAAAAGAAACGACGACAUAAUACCAGCUUUCUGAGGAAGAAAUGUUAAGUUUUUGCGGAAUAGCCAUCACUAGAUGAACGAAAGCGAUCUGGGCGACGCUUCACCCGUGACCACAGAUUCCUCACCCCCCCCCCUUUUUCCCAAACCUUACCUAUAAAUGCGCCUCUGCACCGGUCAAUGACAAUGCAAAAUGCACACACCCGACGCCGUGAUCGGCUGGCGCGCUUCCCUCUCUUUCUGCCAGCAUCCCUUUCCUGGCUGCAUGAUGCCAUUUUUGAGCGAAGGCGCUGGAGAGGAAAAACACCUCUUCAGCUAUGAGUCGCGUUAUGUUUAUGUACUAUACGGGCGCUUAGGUGGCGCAGAUUCUUAGAAAGGAAAAUAAAAUAAAAGAACACGAAUUGGCUUUUUGGCUUAUUUCGAAGUCUUUGCUUACGUCCGCCCGAAAGCACAAUCUGUCGCACCGUUACAGGCAGCACCGACCGGAUUAAUAAUCAGUUUUUUGCAGGUUUAUUUUUUUUAUAUCGUAAGUGUGUUGUUUUACGAGGCUGCUUGUGUGUGAGGAGAGCCAAUAACGUACCAUCAUUAAACAAUUUUCUUUUUUUUAUGGCUACAGAUUACUACAUUGUAUUCAUAGAACAUUACUUUUUUAUACAACGGAUCCCCAAAAAGCAAUAAAAAUUGUUUUUUUCGUGUAAUGUG